UGGCCGUCACCGGCUCACCGCGAGUGCGCGCGUUAGUCUGUUGUCACUUGUCAGCCGCGAUCGUACAACACAUGAUAAAAUGCCGUCUUGUGCAGUGGUUUCGUGCAGAAAUAGAAGCCAAGACAAAAACUGUAGAAGUCAUGGCAUCGGUUACCAUGUGUUUCCGAAAGAUCCAAUAAUAAAAGAGAAAUGGAUAGAAGCCUGCGGACGCAAAGACAGCUGGUUUCCAACGAAGAACGCGGUAAUAUGCAGUAUACAUUUUACAGAGGAGUGCUUCCAAUUGACUAAAAUUAGAAGACUUUUUCCGAAUGCUAUACCUACUCUCAAGUUAAGAUUAGUUUUUGAUAAGCCAGAAGAGAGCACAGACAACGUGAGAGUCAAGAGAAAAACUACCAAUCCAAAUAAAAUGAGGACGAUUCUGGAAAAGUACAAAAUGCAAAUUGAAAAAUAUAAAAAGGUGCUGACGGCAAAGAACUUGGAAGUAAAAAGCCUGAAACAGACGAUCAGAAGAUGUCGACACAAAAUAAAUACAAUGGAGAAUAUUCUAACUACACUCAAAAAUGAAAAUGUUAUUGGUGAAGACCAUUUUUAUUUAAUGGAAAAUGAUAGUAUUACAAAAUUUAAAGUAAUAACACCUACAACUUAAAUAAUAUACAAUUAUGUAGGUAAGAAUAUGCCUAUAUUCUAAAUAAUUUACCAAGUUUUGAUCUAUAACGGUAAGUAUUA